ACGCGCCAGUCCGUGCUCAAGCUUCAUCAUCAUCGGUCUCCAAAGUUUUCGAUGUCUCGGUCACAUCUCUUGCACCGCACUUCCAGCUUUUGGCGCUAUUUCGUUUCAGCAAUUGUACCAUAGCCAUCUCGUUCGUCUCUUGUGUUGCAUACCCCCCUCAUCUCUUCCCACCACCACCGCAUUUUUCGAGUGCGAUUUGCCAUUGUACAUCAAUUUCUCCAGAAUCACAUUUGCCUCACAGCCUAUCACCCCGCGCUCGCCAUGUUUGCCCCACUCAAGACUUCGUCCGCCGCCCUCUCGACCUUCCGCUCUGCCUCAAUUCGCGCCCCAAUCAACAAGCGAUUCUUCACUCCUUCAGCCGCCAACAUGACCAUCAAGACAUACUUUGACAUUUCCUGGACCGGCCCCCAGGUCGAGGUCGACGGACAGGGCAAUAUCACCAAGAAGGGCGAGGUCGCGUCCCAGAAAGGACGCAUCAACUUCGAGCUCUACGAGGAGACUGUCCCCAAGACGGCUGAGAACUUCCGUGCUCUCUGCACUGGGGAGGUAGGCUUUGGGUACAAGGGCUCCAAGUUCCACCGUGUCAUCCCCGACUUCAUGCUUCAGGGUGGUGACUUCACCCGCGGCAACGGCACCGGUGGCAAGUCCAUCUAUGGCGAGAAGUUCAGCGACGAGAACUUCAAGCUGAAGCACACCAAGCCAUUCCUGCUGUCCAUGGCCAACGCGGGCCCGAACACCAACGGCUCCCAGUUCUUCAUCACCACCAUCGUGACCUCGUGGCUCGACGGUAAGCACGUUGUCUUUGGCGGCGUUCCCGAUGGUGACGUUGAGUCAAUGAGGGUUGUCCGUGCCAUCGAGGCAUGUGGCUCCAGCAACGGUUCCAUCAAGUACAAGGAGUCGCCAACCAUCACUGGUGCAGGUGUGCAGUAGAUGUUUGACUGAGCUGUGGAGACAGUUCGAAGUGACGGAG